AUGGCGGCGCUGCUGGGCCCGGAGAUCUUUAGCCGCGGCUUCCGCUUCAACCCGACGCCGCUCGAGCUCGCCACCUACUACCUGCCGCGCCUCGUCGCCGGCGCGCCGCUGCAAGAGGCCGUCCGCCCCGUCAUCCACCAAGCCGACGUCUACGCCUGCGAGCCCGCCGACCUCGCCCGCCAGUUCCGCCCCAUGCCCAGGACCGGGCACCGCUUCUUCUUCACCUCCUGCAAGAAGGGUGUGCGCUACGCCUGCCCCGGCUUCUGGAGCCUGCAGCGCAUGACGGUCAUCCAGGACGGCACGGGAGCCAAGGUCGGCGAGAUCAAGAAGCUCCGCUACAAGAAGCGCGGCGUGUUCACGGACUGGCUCAUGGAUGAGUUCUCGACGUGCUGCUCGGAGGACGCCGUCGUCGGCGAUAGGCAGUACGUGUUCUGUAACAUCUACGUCUCCCCCAGGGCCGCUCCACACUCCGCGGCGCGCCAAGAAUCCGCUGCCUUCAUCGAGCCACCUGCGCCUGCCCCCGUCGUGAUCGCGCAGGCAGCGCCGCCCAAGAGGCCAGCGCCGCAGGCUGCCGAGCCGCCGUGCCCCAAGCGGACGCGGGGUGCCGUCGUCGCCCCGACGCCUCCGGUCGUGCAGCCGGCGGCCGGUUGCGCGGCGUCCUUCGCGCCACCACGGCCGCGCGUGCCUAACCGUGGCGUGGCUCCUCCGUCGACUCCCUCGGUGACAGGAUCGUCGCCCGCUUCAGCUCAGCCUCUGGCGCCAGCUCCGACCCGUCUUGCAACGCCAGUGCCCGCGCCACCGCGGCCGCUUGGGCAGCCUAAGCAGCAGAUGCCGCCGCCGACCCUCCCCGUGGUACGCGCCUGCCACAUGCCAGUGCAAGAAGUACCGGCACACCACUACCGGCCUCAGCCGUCCGCGCAGACGAAGAAGAUGACACGUGAUCCGUUUGAAGCCGCUGAACUGAGAGACAAAGCAGAAGAGGAAAGGGUCGUCGCAGCAUCUGAUUUGCCGUCGGAGGAGUCCCCUGCUGCCGAUCAAGAUGACGACUGGGACGAGUUGGUAGAGUCCACUGAAGACAUCGUGCCCACAGCCGAAGCAGAGGAGGAAGCGGCUGCAAACUCUGAGGGCUCAACCAUGGCUGAGGACGCGCCUGAUCCAGCGUCCAAGGAGUCACUAGACACAAUUUGCAAGGUGGACCAGUUUGCAUGCUUAAUGGAAGCAAUUGGAUGA